AUGAGCGCCGCAGUUCGCGUGCCGCUGCGGACGCUGGCCAAUCCCGCACUGGUAGCCCGAGAAAUAUCAAAAGCCUCAAGUGUUAGCGCCUCGUCCAGUCUAGUCGCGAACUCGCUGCGCAAGACUUUCUCGUCGUCCCGAGUUAUCACUCAGUCACGGAGUCCUCGAUUAUAUGAACCGAUCCCGAGCGCGGCUUUGUCCAGACGUUGUUUCGCCUCGAGAACCUCGCCCCUCUUGACUGCAGAGACCAGCCAACAAAACGAUGGGCCGAAAGCUAAGCCACCUCAGUCGAACAAGGCGAUCAAAUAUUUGAUUGCCUUGAGUAUUCUCGGCGCCGGCGCUGUGAUUUACUCCGAUGAGAUCAAGCAUGCAUACCAUGCCGCAGGACGAAGUGGUCGCGUGGUGGGUACAUUGGCAGUCUGUAUCAAUGACUACCGCGUUACCCUAAAACAAGAGUUCCCUACCGCCGAAGAGCGUGAUGCCAACAUCCGGGCGUGCCACAAGCGAUGCGCUGAGCGCACUCUCCGUGUGCUUGAGAAGAAUGGAUCUAUUUUCAUCAAGUUGGGCCAACAUCUCAGCAGCAUGAGUUAUCUUCUUCCACUCGAAUGGACUACAACCUUUAUCCCGCUUCAGGACAAAUGCCCGGUUUCUUCUAUCGAGUCAAUCAGGGAGAUGUUUAUUCAGGACACUGGUCAGACAAUCGAUGAGCUGUUUAGCUCAUUUGAGCCACUGCCUACUGGUGCUGCCUCGCUCGCCCAAGUUCACAUUGCUACCCUUAGAGAAACCGGUCAGAAGGUCGCCGUCAAGGUCCAACACCCGGCUCUCGCUGAGUGGGUGCCUUUGGAUCUUGCACUGAACCGAUUUACCUUUUCCAUGCUAAAGCGCUUCUUCCCAGACUAUGAUUUGGAGUGGCUAUCUAAAGAGAUGGAUCUUUCCCUACCUAUCGAACUGGAUUUCCGUAUGGAAGCUCAGAAUGCUACUGAAACCAGCGAGUACUUCAAGAAGCACUCCGACGCUCCCUUGGUUAUCCCCGAAGUCAUGUGGUCCCAGAAGCGCAUCCUUGUUAUGGAGUACAUCGCCGGCGCCCGUCCCGACGAUGUCGCCUUCCUCGACGCAAACAACAUCGAUCGCGACGAAGUCUCCGCUGCGUUUGCCCACAUCUUCAACGAAAUGAUCUUCGGUGACAACGCUCCACUGCACUGCGAUCCGCACGGCGGCAACGUUGCUAUUCGUCCCAACACUACCCGCCGCCGCCCGAACUUCGACAUCAUCCUGUACGAUCACGGCCUGUACCGCAACAUCCCCCGUGAGCUACGCCGCAACUACGCCAAGCUUUGGCUAGCCGUUAUCGAUGCAGAUGUCCCCCGGAUGCGCGAAUAUGCCCACAAAGUAGCCGGCGUCACGGACGAGCAGUUCCCGCUCUUUGCUAGCGCUAUCACCGGUCGAGACUACUCUGUCUUGACGAAGCAGAGUGUCGUCUCUUCUCGUACUGCUGAGGAGAAGAAGGAGAUUUCCGGUGCUCUGGGUGAAGGCAUGCUGCAGCAGUUAGUUGUGUUGCUGAGCCAGGUCCCGCGAAUUAUCCUUCUUAUCCUCAAGACCAACGAUCUUACUCGGAGUCUGGACGAAAACCUACACACACGCCAGGGCCCCAUGCGCACAUUCCUUAUUCUAGCGCGCUAUGCUACCCGCACCGUCUUUGAAGAACAGAUGGAGACGAUCCGCGAUUCCGGUGGCAUCUUCGCGAAUUUCUUCCAAUUCCUCUCCGCCUGGAUGGGAUUCCUGCGUGUCGAGGUGAAGUUGUCUAUUUAUGAAACGGCACUGAGCCUGAAAAGCCGAUUUGGUCUGCGAACCGGGUUGCCUUGA